AAGAGGAACUGUACGAAAAUUACUUCCAAUAGCAUUAAUAGUUAAAACAAUAAUAUUAACUGUUUCAUUCCUCAAUUGGAGUAAUAGCCUAUUUCUUACAAAGAUCGCUAUAUCAUCUAUAAUUUCUUCGAUUUUUUUUAACGUUUAUUAUUAAAAAUGUCAGAAAAUGAUGAAAAAUCUUUAGAUCUUGCUACCAAGUGGCAUUUAGAAUUACCAAUUUUGGUUGAUAAUGUCAAACUUAUUGACGGUGUUAAGAACAAAAAUCUGCAAAACUCUCCAGUUGGAACUCUUUAUCUAACAGCAACGCACUUAAUUUUUGUUGACUGCACAGGAAAGAAGGAAACAUGGAUUUUGCAUAUGCACGUUUCGAGCGUUAGUAAACAGUCACUGAGCACUACUGGAUGCCCAUUGGUUAUCCGUUGCAAAACCUUUCAAGUCGUCACAUUCAUCAUUCCGAAAGAAAGAGAUUGCCACGAUAUUUACACUUCUCUCCUUAAACUUUCUAAACCCGGUUUUUAUUUAUCUAAUCUUUGUUUAUUCCCUCAACAAAACAAAUAUUCGACAACAACCACAACAAAAAUAACAACAGCCGAAUAUUCUCAGUUGUUUGCCUUCCACUAUACACCAUCUAAUGAUUUGGCAAACGAAUCGAAAACGAUUGGAUGGGACGCGAUCGAUUUACGGAGCGAAUAUUUGCGAAUGGGAGUACCGAAUAAGAACUGGAUCGAAUACGAUCAAACUAAUGACUACGAACUGUGCGAUACAUAUCCAAGAUUCUUGUACAUGCCAUCAGGCGUUUCUAAAACGCUUAUAAAAGGAACGUCCAAGUUUAGAAGUCGAGGACGCUUGCCAGUUUUAUCCUAUCUACAUGUCGAUCAAAGCCAAUCGUUAGCCGCUAUUUGUAGGUGUGCUCAACCACUUUCGGGCUUAACGGCUAGAUGCAAUGAAGACGAAGAUUUCCUACAGUGUAUUAUUACAGCAAAUCCUAAUUCGAAUUGCAUGUACGUUGUGGAUAAUAGGCCGAUGAUUAACGCUCUUGCUAACCGCGCCAAGGGAAAAGGAUACGAAAACGAAAGCAAUUAUCAGAAUAUCAAAUUUCAUUUUGCGGGUAUUGAAAAUAUUCAUGUAAUGAGAAAUUCUUUAAAUUCUCUUAGAGAAGCUUGUGAGAAGAACCUAUCUAUGAGUGGUUGGUUGAAAGCACUAAAGGAAAGCGGCUGGCUUAAGCACGUGAAAGAUGUCCUUGACGCUUCGAAAUUUGUUGCCGACGCUAUAAAAUCUGGAACAAGCGUUCUAGUUCACUGCUCAGAUGGCUGGGAUAGAACAGCUCAAACCUGCGCAUUGGCCAGUCUUAUUUUAGAUCCUUAUUAUAGGACUAUAGAAGGUUUCCAAUUUAACGAACGUCUUUUAUUCGAGUUACAUGAUCAUGCAUAUUCCUGUCAAUUUGGAACAUUUAUAGGGAAUUGUGAGAAAGAUCGGAUUGAUUUAAGACUCAGAGAGAAGACUUAUUCGCUAUGGAGCGAGAUUCGUAGCAAAUUUAACGAUUUCAUAAAUCCGUUUUACGAGAAAGAACAUGAAACGUGUCUGGAAUUACGUGCUCUUAAGCCAGAUACUUCUCCAUCUGUAAUAAAAUUUUGGAAGGAACUUUAUCUUCGAUAUGAUUUUGGAGCACAACCGAGAGAAAGCGUAUCGGAUACUGUUAGCACCCUGAAAGAUCAUAUUAUAUCUUUAAAAGAGCACGCCAAUCUUUUAGAAAAUCGUAUUGGAACACUUUGUCGCUUAUUAAAUAAAGAAGAGGAAACAGUCAAGGCUUCCAUAUCUAUGAUUUCUUCGUCAGAAUCAAUGGAUUUCAGUACAUUGCAGAUAUUAGACGAUACCAUCACUAGUCCUACAUCAUCAUCUGUAACUAGUCCUGGCGAUAACGAAUCUGGAUUUGAGGAUUCUUCAAUUAGUCGCUCAUCUUCAUUCGAUUGUUUGCAAGUAAUAUAUACUAUUUAUCUAUCAAUCUCUCUCUCUCGUCCAAUCAUUUUCUACUCUUGAAUUUAUUUUCCUUUUUGUCUAUUCAGGUAGGAAAUUUAAUACAAGAAUUGCGUUCCGUUGCGGUCGACUGGAAAUCAUUACGGAAUACGAAUUGUAAUAGUUGCUCAAUACCAUUUCAGCAUGGUAGUAAAAAAAAUCAUUGUUGGCGUUGUGGAGGAUUGUUUUGCAAUCGUUGCGUUACAAGAAAUAUUAGCUUACCCGGUCACGCAACUCAAACUUUAGUUCCAGUUUGUAAAGGAUGCUCUAAGCAGCUAAGACAAACGAAAAGUUUAAACGAUAUACCAAUAACGGUACCUUCCGAACAGCCAUUGUAAUAUAUAUUCUUCAUACCUGCAGUAUGUGUACUCAAUUCGUACGGCAUGACUGGGAGUUUUAACGGAUUGAUUGGCGUUUAUUUUAAUAUUUUUUUUUCUUUUCUUCUUUUUUUUUACUGCAUGUUUUUCUUUGCCAAUUACUUCUCUUCCUAUUCUUUAUUUUACAUUAAUUAUGAUAAUAAGGAAAUUGAAUAGGCAAGAGAAAGGAUUGAUUUAUUAGUCUUUAUCUAUAAUUUUUCUCUUUUUUUUAAAAAAAAAAAGGAUCAUAUUAAUAAUAAAGAGUUUUUUUUCUCUUUUUCUUUCUACUAUUCAUUUUUCUUUUUAUUAUUAUUCUUCUCCUUUAAUUCGUCCAUUACCUAUCUCGUCUCUAUUCACCCUAAUCUCAUCUUUGUCCUUACUAUUUCCCUAUAUACCUUGUAGCUUAUUAUUAAAUGUUGGUUGUUUCUUUUUUUUGUAAAGAAUCUUGUCAUAAUUGAUAAGCUUUUAUGACUUUUCAACCAAAAUAUGAAAACAAAGAAUAAAGAAACAUGGAUAGAAUUUGUUCGUUUUUAUUAAAUAUUGUAUUUAGUCAUUGAAAAAGAGGAAGAGAUAAUUUAAUAAUGAUGCAGAAAGAUAUAAUCUUUUAGGAUCGUUUCUUAUCGUGUUUACAUUACAGUCACUUCAUAACCUUCAUUAGUGUAUGAAGCAUUAUUAGUUUCUUCUUUUAUGGAUCCAGUAUCGUUGUCUGGCUGAAUUUCAUUGUCCUUGUCCUCAAACUUUAGAGUGUAAAUUAUAGAACAUACUAUUAAGAUUAGUGCCAUACUACCACCCGCAAUACCUCCAAUCAUGGUAUUUUUUUUAUAAGUCGACCAUAAAUUACCAAAGUAAGCUCCAUGAUAGUUGAGAGCUUUUUUCACAAUUAUCUUUUUACCGUCAUUUCCAACUUUAACAACGCAGUGGUAAAAUCCAAAGUGCCUUUCCUGAACUAAGCCAAUAUUUAAAAUAAAACCGUUAUUUGUUACAUUCCAAUAAGCAAUUCCAUCAAGAGUUGGAAAUAAAACACUAUCGCCAUCCUCUAAUAUAGUCAGAUCCGGUAAUAUCCAAUAUUCAAAACUAGUCGAUUCAGCUAUACCACUAACUCUUGAAUCAUUGCAAACUAGUUGUUUAUACUCAUUGUAUUUUGAUUUAAUAUUAAAAUCGUUAUCAUUUUUAUAAGGUGUUCUAUACCAUUCUUUCAUCUCAGUUAAACAAAUGAAGCAACUAAAAAUGAACAAAUUAUUAAAAAUAUUUAAUUGCAUAGUUAACUUAUUUUUUAUUGUAUUUGUUUUAAUUUAAGGAAAAAUAUGAUAUUCUUUGUUUUUUUCUAUUCCUUUCCUUUGUUAAUAUUUAUAAAAAAAAUUAUAUUUCAGCUUGUACAUCAAUUUUAUCAAUACUCGUUCAAAGUUCGAUCAGAUUUAAUAAAACUUUUGUUAUUUAUCAAUAUUCUAUAAUACUUUUUCAUUUUUUCUUUCUCUCUUUCUCUCUCUCUCUCUCUCUCUCCUUCUCUCUGUUCUCUUAUUCAAUCAUAUCGGUUAUAUUGAAAUAGUACAAAUGAUAUACAUAUUGAAUUUAUGACAUUUGCGGGAAAGGUCAUCAGUUUACCCUUGAAUAUUUACCGUAUUUAUAUUAUAUAUAAAUAUAUGUAUAUAUAUACUGGAUAAAGUAUCUUUAUCUUACUGAGUCAUUCUC